CAAGAGGAGUGGAGAGGUGACAGAGGGAGGUCUCUUUCCAGUGUAGAGUGGAGCACAGAGGGAUAGCCGGACAGAGAGAUCAAGUCCCCAGAAAUGUCCCUCCUGGGAUGCAGGCUGCAGGCCCUGUCCUCACUUUGCCUCUCGGUGCUGCUCAUGGCCAGCCUUGUAGUGCUCCAGGUCACAGACGGCAUGGGCUCUCGGUUCCUCCUGGCUCUCUUCCUCAUCCUCCUGGUGUUGGGAUGUGAGGUCCAAGCGGCCCAGCAGCUGCAGCAAGAUGAUCCAGGCAGUCCAGCUCUGCUGGACAAGGUGCAGGAGUCCAUCUCCAGUUACUGGGACACGGCUAAGGCGGCUGCCCAAGACCUAUACCAGAAAACAUACCUGACCAGUGUGGAUGAGAAACUCAGGGACAUGUACAGCAAAAGCUCGGCGGCCAUGACCACUUACGCCAGCAUUUUUACGGAUCAGAUCCUUACUCUCCUAAAGGGCGAGUAAACCCCAUGUGAGGGGGAAGGGAGAACCAGCUCUCGGGCUCUUUGCCCUCAUCACCUGACCAGGAUGGGUCUACAUUCCACUGUUCCAGCAGCCCUCAUCUUCCUGUUCCCAUCUCCAGACUGAAUUCUUUCAGUGAAAGAAUAAACAAACCCAGUUCACUGAC